GCAAGUCCCGCCCACUUUCAUUUGAUCUCCAUCUCAAUCAUUUUGACACUGACAAGUGUUGUUAGAGGCAGAGCAGCCUGAAAAAUUUAACUUUUACCUAAAUCUUGAUUUCAUAACAACAAACAUGGGUUAAUGGGGUACAGAAAAACAGUGGAGAAAAUUACAAUACUGAGCUCCAGGGUCAGGUUUUUUUUUUUUUUUUAGAUCCAGGGUCAGGUCGCGCGCAGUGGUGAAUGCGUGUGACGUCACUGACGCGAAGGUGACUCGACGCUGCAGAUCACUUCUGCUUACCUUUUCUUCUGAAGGACGUGUGUUCUCUGAUAUGUGUUUGGCAUUUCCACACAGAGACAGAGUAAGUGCUGGAGAUCUCACUCUUCAUCAUGAAUCACGCACAAACACCCCGAGAUCAGGAUUUCUCUCCAGGAUGCAGGUUGUAUAAUUGUGGUGUCACAGAUGAAGGUUGUUCUGCUCUGACUUCAGCUCUGAGAUCAAACCCCUCACACCUGAGAGAACUGAGUCUGUCUGAGAAUAAACUAAGAGAUUCAGUGAAGAUGCUUUUUGAUGUACUACAGAAUCCUCAGUGUAAACUGGAGAAACUGUGGUUGAGAGAUUGUGGCGUCACAGAUGAAGCUUGUGCUGCUCUGACUUCAGCUCUGAGAUCAAACCCCUCACACCUGAGAGAACUGAAUCUGUCUCUGAAUAAACUAAGAGAUUCAAUGAAGCUGCUUUCUGAUGUACUACAGGAUCCUCAGUGUAAACUGGAGAAACUGUGGACUCUCAGUGUUUAGACGUCAGUUCAGUUUCCUCAGGAUCAGCUGAUGGUGAAUAAGGAGCCGCUUCAGAGACGUCACAGACACAAUCAACACAGACUGUGUGAUGGGGACACAAGAAUUUAGAGAUGUUCAUUUUGGUUCAUUUUCCUGACCGACUCCUAACACUCAUUAACCAAUUAUUCACUGUUAGCUGACAAAACUAGAAUGUUACAUUUAGAUUUAAAUGAAAUUGGAAUGACUAUUUUGAUGUGACCCAUUGAAGUGAACCCUUUACAGUUUGUUAAUGUCUUAUUCUCA